UCGAGUUGCUGACCGAUAUGACGAAGUAACCACAGGUUUCGAAUCAUUUGAAACUCUUUAAUGGCAUUCACUCGCCACCACAGACGACUGCAUGUUUCAGAUGUGUUCUUCCUGAAUCUCGCAGCCCAGCCAUUGGAUAUUCUCGUACUGAGUACCCCCGGGCAAAUUACAGUUAUGAAUACGUACUAUGGGAAGCCAACUUGCAAUUCGAAAGACACCCACCCAUCGACUUUGCAAUUGGAAUGGUUGGAGGGUCGACACGGGAUUUCAGAUUGGUAUUUCUUCAUGAGACAUCAGGAACAAGGGCAGCACAUGCCUGACCGCUGUGUACAAUGCCGCAUUACUUUCACGAACAGAAAGACACAGGUCGCGAUGCCAGUCAAUGGAUUGAGCUCAUGCGUUGAUGGUCACAUUAAAGCCAGACAUAUCUUUAAUCAGCUAACAUUUGGUCUUCAACUCUGCGUGCUCGCUCACUCGAAACGCAACAGAAGUGCCUCAUGCCAAUCCAUCAACUCAACACGCAUCAUACCAGGAGGUUGAUUCGGAACUGAACGUCUUCAUUUGUCCAGCAUGCUAUGUUUUGGUAUGUCUCCUUUUACGCCCCAUAGCCGAAAUGCAAAGCUACCAAUGCAUCAACGAGACCUCAUGCCAGCAUUUCCUCGCCUUAAUGUAGAAAAUGUGCUGGCCAACGGUAAUCGGUCCCAAAUCGUGAUUCGUUGGUAGACGGAAAUAUUCCUCGCUUCCAAACCCUCACAGGCACCCUCUACAUGACGACACCAGAGUUGCUGGCAAUACGCUGGACAAACAGUUAGUGGGAGCCCUUGGGGUAUGGCAGACAGGAAAACUUACGGGCCACAGCUCAGCAGCUUCCU